ACCCUCUGAAGCUCUCUCUGCUGACUCUCUCUCCCUUCCAGUGCCAGCCCCUGCAGCGGGCGCCAUGGCCGUGGACGUGGCCGAAUACCACCUGAGCGUCAUCAAGAGCCCCCCUGACUGGGAGGUGGGUGUCUACGCUGCUGGGGCCCUGGCAUUGCUGGGAAUUGCAGCUGUGAGCCUGUGGAAGCUCUGGACAUCGGGGACCUUCCCCAGCCCCUCCCCGUUCCCAAACUAUGACUACAGGUACCUUCAGCAGAAAUAUGGUGAGACCUACGCAGAGGCCAGGCAGAAGAGAGUGCCUGCUUGGAACACCCAGCGGGCCAGCACUCGGGGGCCACCCAGUCGCAAAGCCAGCCUCAGCAUCGAGGACACCUUUGAGAGCAUCAGUGAGCUGGGGCCUCUGGAGCUGAUGGGCCGUGAGCUGGACCUGGCCCCCUACGGGACCCUCCGAAAGUCCCAGUCAGCCGACUCCCUGAACUCUAUCUCUUCCGUGAGCAACACCUUCGGGCAGGACUUCACGCUGGGCCAGGUGGAGGUGAGCAUGGACUACGAUGCCGCCUCCCACACCCUCCACGUGGCUGUGCUGCAGGGCAAGGACCUCCUGGAGAGGGAGGAAGCCAGCUUCGAGUCCUGCUUCAUGCGCGUCAGCCUGCUGCCGGACGAGCAGAUCGUGGGUAUUUCCCGGAUCCAGAGGAACGCCUACUCAAUCUUCUUCGACGAGAAGUUCUCCACCCCCCUGGACCCUGCAGCCCUGGAGGAGAAGAGCCUGCGGUUUUCCGUGUUCGGCAUUGAUGAGGAUGAGCGGAACGUCAGCACCGGGGUGGUGGAGCUGAAGCUCUCUGUGCUUGACCUCCCGCUGCAGUCCUUCAGCGGCUGGCUUUACUUACAGGACCAAAACAAGGUGGCCGACGCCGUGGGUGAGAUCCUGCUCUCCCUCAGCUACCUCCCUACGGCCGAGCGCCUCACCGUGGUCGUGGUGAAAGCCAAGAAUCUCAUUUGGACCAGUGACAAGACCACAGCAGACCCCUUCGUCAAGGUGUACCUGCUGCAGGAUGGGAGGAAGAUGAGCAAAAAGAAGACAGCUGUGAAGAGGGAUGACCCUAACCCAGUGUUCAAUGAAGCCAUGAUCUUCUCAGUGCCAGCCAUUGUGCUCCAGGACCUGUCUCUCCGUGUGACAGUGGCUGAGAGCAGCGGUGAUGGCCGUGGAGACAACGUGGGCCAUGUCAUCAUCGGGCCAUCAGCCAGUGGCAUGGGCACCACGCACUGGAACCAGAUGCUGGCCACGCUGCGCAGGCCCGUGUCCAUGUGGCAUCCUGUCCGGCGAAACUAGCAGCCGGGGUAGGGCCAGGGUGGGCAUGGGAGCCUGGCACAAGCUUAGCUCUGACACCCUUCUCCAUAGUCCAGCUGGAGCCUUGAACGCUGGGGUCCCCCAGUGGAGUCCCCAUGCACUAUCUUGGUCCCUCUCUCCAGACUGCAGUGGCGGAGUAGGCCUGGCUAGAUGUCCAGGGACCCAGGGUUUUCUCUCACUGAGGACCGGCUGUGGCUGGGCCAGGACCCAGGGAUGGCAGCCAGGCACAGGCCUACCACGCUCCCAUUUUGAAAUCCCCAACAGGUCUGUGCCUCAGCCUCGGGGGGUCUUGGCCUUGCAGAGCUCCCCACACCCUACCCCUGUUGGGAGGCCACGCACAGAAACUGGGCGAGUCUUGGGGGGCAGCUGCGGUGCCAGGCACAGGCAGGGGUGACAUGAACAAGACACAGCCCCUAGGAUGUCGGGAAGACAAGGUCCCCCUGCCCCAGUGAUCUGCUCAGUGUGGAAUGGCGGCCCCACCAGGCGGACCUGGGGAGGGCUCUGGGGGCCGGGAGGACAAGAUGGGAGCUGUGCUGUGAGGGGCAGGGAGAGGACUGAGUGUAUCCCAGGCCAGUGGCCCAGCCUCAGCAUGGCAGGGGCAUGAACUUCCCUGUCACAAACACAGUCCUCAGCCUACUGUGGUGGACGCAAGGGCCUCUCUCCAGGCAGGAGGUGAGACCAAGGGACCAGGCCAACCAGUGGCCCACGGGCCACAUGGGACGCUGGCUCCAAGUCAUCUCCACGAAAUCUAAUCCCUAGAACUGUAACCCUUAUAAGGCCCAGGGGCCCAAAGAGGCCCAGACCCAGGUCCUUGUGUUCAGUCUCACACAUGUCAGGCAUUGGCUCCACAGCAUUUGUUGGAGUCCCUCCGGCCCAGGCCCUGUCGGGAAGAGAGAUGCUUCAGCCUCUGGGGGGGCUGGUGGGCAGUGGGGUAGCCAGAAUACAGUCUGCCGGGGGCGUGGAGAAGCCUUUGUGGGCACAGGCACCCGGGAGGAUGUGGUGGGACAGGAGUCCCUUGGCUGGGCCUUGGAGGAAGGGCCAGCCUGAGCAGUGGCAGGGAGGGGAAGUUCAGGGGGGUCAGGAUGGAGCUGGGGAGGCAGAUUUGAUUGCCAGACUGGGAAGGAGGUGGCUCUGGAGCACAGGUUCAAACCCCCAGGACACCAGGUGCCCUAGGUCGAGUUCCAGAAACAGACCCUGAGAUUCUCAGGCAAGGGGUUAAUUGGGGCUGUGCCCUCAGGAGAAACCUGUUAGGGUCAAAGGGAUGGAGGGGUGGGGAGGUGGUGCAGCAACGUCUGCUCUAUGGGGCCGCGCACUGGUGAGAGCCUGGGUUCUCAGGCUGGUGCACUGUGGAGACCCAGGCCCAAUCAGUUGUCCCCAGUGAUGUUGGGGGGCCCAGGGUGGUCAUGGGACUGGAGGCAGG